GUUACUGUCAAAAUUUAUCACCCAAUUCAAUUGUGCAAAUAGCCAACAAGCCGCUUUUGUAAUUAAUUUAAAUUGAGCGAAGUGUUAAUAUGAGUGAUUCUGAUGAUGAUUGGUUCGACAAAGACAUUGAAGACUUUAAGGUUGACUUACCCAAAGAUAAUUCCGAAAAAAUUGAAUUUCUAAACGAUGAAUCUCUUUCGUCCGGUGGACCAAAUUUCUUCGAGUCUGAUUACGGUGGAAAUUACAACAAAUCGGCGCAAAAGAGCUCCAAUCAAAGUGGUAGCGAUAAAUCCACCAAUAAUUCGUCGAAUGCAAAACAUAUUUUGCCGAUUUCGUUCAAGAAACUCAGCUUCAUUCUCGAAUUGACGCCGUUGAAUGUAUUUCUGGAGAUACUUCAGCCCGAUUCUGGAUUCAUCGAAACUAUCAACAAAGCGACCAUAUCGAGUGAUGUGAUGGGUUUAACGUUGAAAGCCAUUGGGAUGAUCUUGAGUCUCCCAUUGAACGAACAUAAAAGGUGUUUUCUGCAGAAGAUUAUUGACGCGAAAACGUAUUGGAAGCAAAUCGAAGGCUACAUGAAAGAGCUGACGAUCGAACAGAAACCGGGAAAAUCCAAGAAGAAACUGAUUGUCGCUACGAGCGAUCAAGAGUUCUGGGAGAAUUUGGUGGCUUUGUGCUGGAACGUAACUAAGUGUUUCGAGUGGGACGGAAAAUUUGUGCAAAAAGCAGCUAAAAUGAUAGUCGACAGUAAACAUGAGCUAAAAUUGAACGCGUUCAAGGAGGAGUUCGAUAAAAUGUUCAAAAAGAUCACCGACGAAUCGGCAUCCGUGUUCAGCGAAAUUUAUCCAACGCUGGAAGAACUUGUGUCCACCGAACCGGUCGACAUUAAACCAAACAUUGUCCAAGGAAAAUAUCCGAGCGUACAACAUUAUUUGGAGGUGCAUUUGUCGCUGUUGCGCGAAGAUUUCAUUUGUCCGUUGCGUGAGGGAAUCAUCCAGUUUUUGAGUCAAGCUAAAGACGGCAGCUACAAGUCGAACAGCAACAUCAAAGUGUAUCCAAAAGUACAAAUUUUAACCAAAUGUACUGCGACUUCAUCACGCGGACAUAAGGGCGAAUUUUUGAUGGUCGAUCUGGAUCCGGAGAGGAAUGAUGGGCGACAGAAGGAAAGUUUUUCGAAUUUUUCCAAGAAACUGAUGUACGGCUCACUGGUGGUGUUUACGACCAGCAUUGAGUUCGAAGACAUGAUACUGGCUGUGGUGUCCAAUCGGGACACAGAUCUGUUAAAUCAAGGAUUUAUCCAAAUCGAAAUUAUAAAAUCGUUUAACGUACCGUUGGUGUUCGAUAGAGACUUCAUAAUGUUUGAAAGUGAGGUUUACUUCGAGCCUUACCAUCACGUCUACAAUGUGAUGAAGAACUUUGACGAAGAAACGUUUCCGAUGAAAAACUACAUCAUCGAUGUGGAUGUGAAUCCAGCAUACCCGUCAUACAUUCCGCCAGCCAUCAAGACUAUUUACACACAUCGAAAGUAUGCUUUGGAUUUAAAAAAUACAUCAGCUUGGCCCUCAGCGGCUGCGAUAAAACUAAACGAAAGUCAAUUGUGUGCGUUCAAGAACUCAUUGACCAAUAAAUUUUCGGUCAUUCAAGGUCCACCAGGAACGGGGAAAACAUUCGUCGGCCUGGAAAUUCUCACUGCCUUGAUACGAAACACGGACGAGCAGAUCCUUGUUAUUUGCUACACCAACCAUGCGUUGGACCAAUUUUUGGCCGGUGUGCUAGCCAUUACUGAGGAUAUUGUUCGUAUGGGCAAUCAAUCGAAAAAUGAGCUGCUUGAUAAAUUCAACGUCAAGCAAUUGUUGGAAACGGUUGUUAGUGACAAACGGAUGAAGAAUUGCUUUUACAAAGCAAAAUGUGAAUACGCUGAACUAAUGGAACAGUUCGAAGUGUUGCAGGGCAAAAAGGGCAGCGAAAAUGAUGCGAAAUUAGUGGAAGCGGAAAUUUUGACCGUUCAGGACAAACUUCGAUCGAUUUCACGCAAACAGGAAGAAUUGAAGCAAAUCAAUGAAUUCAAUUUGUUGAAAUCGAAACGAGUUAUUGGCAUGACAAGCACUUGUGCAGCUAGGAGUAAUUCGUUGUUGCAUAUGUUGAAGCCGCCCAUAGUAUUUGUUGAAGAAGCCGCCGAAAUAUUGGAGCCACACAUUAUUGCUGCCUUGUCCAAUGAGACACAACAUUUGAUUUUGAUUGGCGACCAUCAACAGCUCCGACCAACAACCAGUGUAUUCAAGCUGGCCAAACAAUACAAAAUGGACAUAUCGCUGUUCGAACGUAUGGUCAACAAUGGCAUCAACAGCGUCAAACUAAAUGUUCAGCAUCGCAUGCGACCUGAAAUUGCGAAUCUCAUUCGGCCAACCAUUUACAAAGAGCUCACCGACCAUGAAGUCGUGACCAAAUAUCCAAACGUUUUGGGCAUCACCAAGAACGUGUUCUUUAUCACACACAACGAACUUGAAACGAAUGAUGCCGACGAAACGUCGAAGAAGAACAUUUUCGAGGCACAGUAUUUGGUUGCAUUGUGCAACUACUUCAUUUUGCAAGGCUAUCCGCCAGAGGAUGUCACAAUUCUAACGAUGUACAACGGACAGAUAUUUCAGUUUUCUCAGGAACGUCGAAAGUAUCCCAAUCUGAAAAGAGUUCGGAUCACCGUGGUAGACAAUUACCAGGGUGAAGAGAGUAAAAUAAUUUUAUUGUCGCUGGUGCGCAGUAACAAUGACGACAAAAUUGGUUAUUUGUCGCUGAAAAAUCGGAUAUGUGUGGCAUUGUCUCGGGCCAAGCAUGGCUUUUAUAUUAUUGGAAAUAUGAAUUUGUUGGCAAAGAACAGUUCCACUUGGAAACUGAUCAGCAAGGAGCUGCAGGAACAGGACGCCAUUGGAGAUACGUUAUGUUUGUGUUGUCAAACGCAUGGAAAUAUUUCCAAGAUUCGUGCGCCAUCAGAUUUCGACAGAGUUAAAUUUGGUGGAUGCAGUGAUACCUGCAGUAUUGAACUGAGUUGUGGUCAUCAAUGCAGCUACUUUUGUCACACUAAAAUGUUUGACCACUACUCGAAUUGCGACUGUACCAAAUAGUAAUUGUGAUUGGCGUCGUUCAUAAUCGUUGGUCUAGGAAAGUCUAUUUAUCGCAUAAUAAGCCUAUUUUUCUAUGUUUUUUUUCCUUUCCUUUUUUGUAUCACUAAGAGAACACAAGAACAAAAUAAAUUAUUUUAACCAAUCAA